AUGCUCGACCCAGGACAUUCGGUGGGAGCACGUGAUGACGCCAUUACGGGUGUAGGUGUUAGAGCAUUGUGCUUCUUUGACCAGAGACUAACCAAUGUGGAUGGGGAACUCACCGGCUCUACAACAGGGGUGGGGAACUGUUGGGAGAUGAAGGUGAAAGAAUGGUGUGAUGUGUCUGAUCGUUGUCGACUCAUUGAUUCAAGAACAGAAGACACAGAUGACCUCAAUGUUCAAGUACUCUCAGAGACUUCAAGUCCCGCGCCAAGAGCAAGAGGCCUCCGUAGAAGCCUAGUUGUGGUUGCACGCUCGGGUCCAAGUCCUGGUGAAGGACAUAAGCAUGUCGAAGACAAUGGCAUUGUCAAAAGAAAACCCACUAAUUAG